AUGCACAACCGAAUUGAAUCUCAACAUUAUCUUUAUACGCCGAGAAUUUAUGUUCAUAAACGAUCAUUACAUUGGUUUAUUAUGUUUAUUUCGUAUUUAUUUAUUUUUCUUCUUGUUCUCGAAUCCGUAGCAUUACUUGUAUUGGGUGCAUGGCAUCUAACCACUCCACGACUUGAAAAUGUGCUUAGUUUUUCAAGAUCAUUAGGUAUUCUUGCUAGUAUUAUUAGAAUUAUUGCUUUAAUUACAUCACGAAUAUUAUUAUUGAAAAUAUAUGCAUCAUGUUUAUGGUUAUUCAUGAUUAUUGGUAUAGCUAUAGGAAUUAUUUUUACAUCUCAAGUCAAUGAUUUUUUAGCCAAUGAUCAAAAGAACAAUCCAAAUUUAGUAGAUAGUAAUUAUUAUCAAGAAAAUUUUCUAUUAGGUAUGAAUGGCGGAUUAACUUUACUCAUGAGUGUAACAAUACUUGUUGGUAUUAUUAUCCUUCAUUGUUUAAUUAGCGAUACAAGUAGUCGUUCGCAUAUUCGAUCAAAAUGA